ACAAACCAACCCAAUAACAAAAUAAUGUCCAUGUACCUUUAACGUGACCAAAUCACCCAAAACAUGCAUUCCACAAGACAAAAUUGUUGUCUACUGGGCGUUUAUCCUUUUACUCGAUCCGAACAUAUAAGUUUUUGUGUCGUUUUGAUCUUGUGAUGCUUUCCCUCCCCUGCUUGGUAACAUUUCAUGUGCUAGACUCAAAGUUUAAACAGAUGAUAUGAUCUCAGUUUCCAUGUCCUCUUCUCCAACUUCGAUUCACCAAACAGAAGCAAAGCUCAGCGCUAAUUGCUGGGCAGCUUUACCUGUUUCAUUAACUUUUUUAUGGAGGCCCAAGAGGACUAUAUCCCCUUCCAAGCACAGAUUAUGUCCAAGGCCUGCUCAUAUAAACCUAACAACAAGCUCAAAACUGAACAUACAUUUGGGUAUACGCAGUUCGAGGAAUAUACAGUAUUGGAGCUGUUCAAGGCUAAGAAUUAGGCCUCAUGGACAAAGAGGGGUUGUAGCAGAAUUAGAUUGGAAGCAAGAAAAUCUUCUCUCUGAGGUACAGUAUGAAUCUCAAAAUUUUCGGAUUGGACCGCUUCCGGGAGAUCUUGCAGAAGUUGAAGGGUUUUGUCGCAUCUUUAGAGUGGCUGAGCAACUGCGCUCUGCAAUAAUGAAUGUUCUAUGCAAUCCAGAUACUGGAGAAUGCAGUAUUACAUAUUUAUCAGGUUCAGAUGAUCUUAUAACUAGUGAUGUACCAAUAUUAGAGGAGAAAGUUGUAUCAGGGCUAGCUUGCAUGGGUACUUUGCUUCAUAGAGGGAGGCAAGAUAUUCUAGCUGGAAGACACUCCAGUAUGAGUUCUUUUCACGUUACAGAUAAGAACAUGGAUGAUGACAAACUUCCACCACUUGCUAUUUUCAGAGCUGAGAUGAAACAGUGUUGUGCAAAGUUGCAGACUGCCCUUGAAUGCUAUUUUCUUUCAACUGAUCAGCAAAAUAGUGACGUUUGGAGGAGACUGCAGAGAUUGAAGAAUGUAUGCUAUGAUGCAGGUUAUCCUCGCAGCGAAGGAGCUCCCUGUCACACGGUGUUACCAAAUUGGUCUGCUGUAAAUUUAUAUCCUGGAAGAACUGGAAGAGCACGUGACACUGAAGAGGUGGCAUUCUGGAGAGGUGGCCAGGUCACAGAGGAGGGCUUAAAAUGGUUAUUAGAUAAAGGAUAUAAAGUCAUUGUUGAUCUAAGAGCUGAAAGUGUUGAGGAUAAGCAGUACCAAGCUGCCAUUAAGAUGGCAGUUUCUUCUGGAAAGGUCCAGCUUGUGCAUUUUCCUGUUGAGGUUGGAACUGCACCAACAAGAGAGCAAGUUGAGCAGUUUGCAGCUUUAGUUCUGAAUAAUAAGAACGAACCUCUUUAUCUGCACAGCCAGGAAGGAGUUUGGAGAACAUCGGCCAUGGUCUCAAGAUGGCGGGAACUGAUCAGUAGUUCACACUUUGGCUCAACAAGCUUGUCCAAAGUUGAUGGAAUGCUGCCACCAUUGUUAUUGAACCAUGUGGACAAGGACUUUGACUGUAAAGAUUGGAUAAGAUCUCUGGAUCCCCAAGAUCCGAAACUAAAACAUGGUCUGAAUUCUUUGACAUCGGAAAAUGGUUCAGUUUUUAAAGUUGAAGACAAAAAUAGCACUUUACAUGAAACUGUUCAACCUGAAUCUUCUCUAUGUUUUGAUAACAGCAUGGGGCAAGACGGUAUGCAAAUGAUGAGUCAUUCUUUUGAUUUGAAUAAUAAACAAAAGUUGAAGCAAGGAAAGGAUGAAGAACAGAAUGUUCUGAACCAACAGAAAUUAUAUUUGGGAUGUGAUCCAUUUAAAGCUCAGAUACCACAGUGUAAUUUCCUUUUGAAGAGAGAGAUGUCUGAGUUUUUCAAGAAUAGGAAAAAGUCCCCAAAGGCAUUUUUUGAGUCAGGAAGAAAAAGAUUUAAGAUUUCUUCUGAAUCAAUCAAUUCUGAUAUUAAGGUGGAUGUAGAAAAUCAAAAUAAUGGGAUUGCAGGUGCUGCUGGACGCUGGGGUUUAGCAAAACUAGAAAUCUCAAAUGCAGCUUCAUCCUGUAUAGAUCACAGUUCUCCAUCUCCGGGUGUUAGAUCUAUGGAAGAACACACCUACGAUGACAAUAACUUGAUUUCUAUAGAUAAAGGUACCAGUGGUACUCAAGGCAUAAAUGCCAACAAAUCAGACAAUGGUAGCAUUGGAGGUGAUAGAUCAUUUUUAGAACAGAAUAAAAGCCUUGUUAGACUGUCUUCAGAUUCACCUCCUGAGGAUAAUGAUGAUUUGGAACCUGUUAGUGGGAACAUGUGUGCUUCUGCAACUGGUGUAGUGAGAGUGCAAUCAAGGAAAAAAGCGGAGAUGUAUCUGGUCCGCACAGAUGGAUUUUCCUGUGCAAGGGAAAAAGUAAAAGAAUCAUCAUUAGCAUUUACACAUCCUAGCACCCAACAGCAAAUGUUGAUGUGGAAGACACCACCCAAAACUGUCUUACUUUUAAAAAAACUAGGGCAAGAACUCAUGGAAGAAGCAAAACAGGUAGCUUCAUUCUUGUAUCAUCAAGAAAGAAUGAAUGUUGUUGUGGAACCUGAGCUGCAUGACAUCUUUGCAAGAGUCCCUGGAUUUGGAUUUAUUCAGACUUUUUAUAAUCAAGAUAUUGGUAAUCUCCACGAAAGAGUUGAUUUUGUGGCGUGUUUGGGUGGUGAUGGUGUGAUACUGCAUGCAUCAAAUUUGUUUCGUCAUGCAGUACCUCCUAUAGUUUCUUUCAACCUUGGUUCUCUUGGAUUUCUCACAGCACAUCCUUUUAAAGAUUUCAAGACAGAUUUGAAGGCUGUCAUCCAUGGAAAUAAUACAACAGAUGGUGUUUAUAUUACACUAAGAAUGCGAUUACGUUGUGAGAUAUUCCGCCAUGGGAAGGCUAUGCAAGGGAAAGUGUUUGAUGUUCUUAAUGAAAUUGUGGUUGAUCGUGGUUCCAACCCUUAUUUAUGCAAGAUUGAAUGUUAUGAACACAAUCGUCUUAUAACUAAAGUUCAAGCUGAUGGUGUUAUAGUGGCCACCCCUACUGGAAGUACAGCCUAUUCUACAUCAGCUGGGGGUUCCAUGGUACACCCAAAUGUUCCAUGCAUGCUAUUCACUCCAAUAUGUCCUCAUUCACUUUCAUUCCGGCCUGUGAUACUUCCAGAUUCUUCUCAGCUUGAAUUGAAGAUUCCAGAAAAUGCUCGAAAUAAUGCAUGGGUAUCAUUUGAUGGUAAGAGACGACAACAACUCUCAAAAGGGGAUUCUGUUCGCAUUAGCAUGAGUGAGCACCCUCUUCCAACUGUAAACAAAUCUGACCAAACAAGCGAUUGGUUCAUGAGUCUGGUUCGUUGUUUGAACUGGAAUGAGCGGCUGGAACAGAAGGUUCUCACAGUGUGAUUUUGGAGAACUGCAUAGCAUUUAAUCAUUAUAUCCUCGAGGAAGAUGUAAUAUAAGGACUUCCUUCCAUACAGAGACGACACAGACAAGAAGAACCACUUGUUAUACAGAUUAGACUCUUGACAUUAGUAUUUAACAGCUAUACGGGCAUGUAUUCAUUUGUACAUCUUGUACAUUAGGUGUGUACCAUAAUAACCAUUUCUUAUAAUUUCAAAUUGGUAAAUAUUUUCUUCUUUUGACAUGGAGAGGGAGGAAGGAAACCACAUUUUAGUAAUGCUUUUGUAAAUGAAGAAUUGAGUAAUGGACAGCAGGCUUUCCACCGCUUCCAAUCAUCCAAACAAAGCAGAUAUUUUAAAGUUGUCUCUACCAUUGACAGCAUAAGAGUGCAUGCUACAUCAAGCAGUACGAGUAGUCCCAUCUUGCUAUAUUGUUUCUGAUAAAUAUACUCAAUAGUUUAUUCAUUUUCUCUUGGGGAGUGAGGUUUCUCCACUGAUAAUUUAAAUUGCCUACAUCAAUUUCGUAUUUAGCAAUAGCAAACAAUGUUUGCUUUGGUUUCUUUCUUUAUAUCUCUACAAGGUAAUGGGGAAUUCCUUGCUAUAGUGCUUGGUACUUAGCUUCUUGUUUAUGAUGCAAGCCUCUUUAACUGUACGGAAAUCAAAAUUACUUUGUAGCUUCUUGGUCAUGAUGCAAGGCUUUUUAACUGUACCGAAAUCAAAUGUAUAUUUUGAGUUCAUCAACCUACUUUUGGUUAAUUAUGGACAUUUAAUAUAAUGUCUUUUUUUU